GGAAAAGGUCAGGACUUCUGGGGGCCCGCGUCGUGGAAAAAUCGCGACUGCGGGGGCUAGGGUCCAGGGGCGCGCUCCAGCCAGGACUUCCAGGCGGAUCCGGCCGUGGCGGCCAGGAGGCCAUGGAUCCACGACUCCUCUGCGCAACCAAGUCGGGCUCGAGCCAUUCGGUCGCCUGGCAGGGCUCGGCCGGGCGCGUGGCUAUGGAUCGGCCGCUCUCGGGGCGCAGGUCGCCGCAACCAUGGCAAUGGUGGCGGCCGCAGGCGCGGGAGGGCCGCGGGGCCGCGGCAGGCAGCCUGCAGGGGUCGCGGCCGCAGGCCGCCCAGGAGCAGGAGCCGCGCAGUAAAGCGGCUCGCACUGGCAGGUCAAACCGCAGAGAGGACGCCCCGCGCAGAGAGGACGAGGCGGCGGGGGCGAUGGAGGAGGGGUCCCCCUUGCCGCCGCCGCGUGGGGAGCCGCGCUGCCGAAGCGUGGAGCGAUGGCAAGCUAUGGCCUCCGCCGUGCGGCGCGCCUCCUCGCGAGCAGCCUGCGCCGAGGCCGGGAGGGCCGCGGCGGAGCGCGCCGAGGACGCGCGGCGCCUGGAGCCGGCCCGCGCCGAGGAGGCCGAGUCGACAGGCAACGCCGGUGCCUCGAUGCCCGGCGAUCGCAGCCCGUCUCCCACCAUCGGCGGAUCUCCGACCCAGCCCGACAGCCCGGACCCGUCCCCCGCCAGUGAGAUCUCCGAGAGCCGCCCCCCGUCGCCCGCCAGGGAGAUCUCCGAUACCUCUCCAGCGGGGUCGGCGCGCCAGGAAGGCGAGGCCUGCGACUGGUCCCCCGACGAGGUGGCAGGCAAUGUCGGCAGCGUCCCGACGGCCGACGCCAUCGCGGGCACCCUCGACGCCAUCGCGGAGCCUCUCGACGCGCUCGACGGGGCCGAGGCGGAGGAGCGCGAGGCCGCCGUCGUAGGAGCGGCCCACUUCGGCCCUGCGUCCUCCCAGGACUCAGAGGCCGCAGCUGGCGCGUCGGCCGCCGUGUGCCCCCGGCGACGUCAGGCGCUGAUGUCCCACCUGGUCGUCGAGCAGAGAGCGGGCUCUCUGAGGUGCUACCCGGUGCUCUCUCCCGGGGAGAGGGCGCCCAUUAUCGAGCGCGUGCUCCGCGCGCGCGUCGAGGCGGCGAAGGCCGAGGCCCGCGAGCUUGGAGUUGAUGCCUCGACGCCCGGGGAGGCGCUCAAGUCCGUCAUCGGCGCAGGCCGAGCCAUUGUUGCGCCUCGAGCCGCCGACGGCUGUCGCUAUGUGGUCUUCGACGCCGCGCUGGCGAGGAGGAGCAAGUACUUCUAUCCAGCUGAAUGGUCGCAGUCACCGGAUGGCUACUACUGGCUCCACGUCCAGGACAGGCGCGCUGGCGGGUGGCAGCCAGUCGCACUCGCGGCCCCGUCGGGGCCCCCCGUGAUAAGCCGCGCGGCGAGGCCCAUAUGCAAGACCCAUUGCGACCGCACCUUCGGCGGGGAGGUAUGGUUCAACGUGCUCAUCCAGACGGGCGGCUGCCCGGCCGAGUUCGUGGACGCCUACAACGACGCCGUCGGCAGGCGACUCCAGGCGGUCGACCUCCCGCCGCUCGACGCGGCUGCCCCCGGCGCGCGGCGCAGGGACGCGCCCGACCCGGCGCGGGAACGCCCGAGCUUUCUGAAGAGGGAGGCCGCGAGGCUCCUCAUCGCAGCCAGUGCCUCGACGCCUGGCGGGCGCGCUGAGGACGAUCGCCUCGAGGCGGAGCGCCUCCGCAACGAAGCCGGCGAGUUGACCCGGAGGAGGCUGGCGUUGCAGGCGGACUCCGCCAGGGCGGUCCGCCGCCCAGCGACCGGCUACACGGCGGAGGCCUCGGGCGCCGAGCAGGGGGAGCCGAUCGCCCACUUCCCGAGAGCGCUGCUGCACGCGCUGCUGGCGCUCGGGGUGGAGCACGACCUGGCGGCCAACCUGGUCGACCCUGGCAGAGGCAAGGGCGGCGGGAAGGGCUACCGGGGCAAGGGCGGCAAGUGAGGCGAGCGGCCCCCGGUAGCCGAGCUGGUGCCUCGACGCCCAGCUGCCGCGCAGCUGUGAAGAGGAGGAGGGGGGGGGGCGCGCGGUGGGCGCGCGCGCAGAUUAGCCCUGCAGCGCCUGCGUCUCCCCUCGCGGCGGGCCCAGAGCCACCGUGGCCGGUGCUGUGCUGCUGGCCACAGGGCGUCACCCGAGGAGGGCCCCUCUCGGGGCCCUCACCCCUCCCACUUGCGUUCUUUGGGGAUCGAACAUGAAGUACGUUGCUAGUUGCGUCCUGGCCAAACAAGACAGUGAGGCCGACUUAGGCCAAGUGCGAGACGAAUCCGGCGUCCUUCUCCCCCGCUUCCCUCUCCUUUCCUCCGCUUCCCUCCCUGGCUAUCCCCCCCCUCCUUUUCUCUCCCCUUCGUCUGCCUUCUUCGGAGCGGGCUGGCACGAGGAUUGAUCUGCUCUCAGAGCGUCCAGGACGCUCUGAGAAGGCUGCGGAGCCC